AUGGGGCUGGCGGACAAGCCCCCCGCCGUGCACCUCCCCGACGACCCUUCCCCUCGCCACCCGCCACCAUCUGACCAUUCCCCUGCUGCUUCCCCCUCCGCCAACCCGUCCCCCUCUUCCCUUCGCCCGGGCGUAGCGACGGGCCGGGGGGUGGGCAUCGUGCCGCUGCCCAAGUUCCCCUCGCGCCUGGACCGCACUCCCGGGGACGCGUCGGGCACAAGCCGCCACAUGAACCGCACGCACUCCGCGCCGCCGCAGGAGCUGGCGGAGGUUUCCGUCGACCGCGCGCUCGAGCUCCCCGCCGUGCGCUCCCCUUCCUCCUCCUCCGGCCUCAAGCCGCCCCCGGGGGCGGCAUUCCGCGGGCGCAAGGACGGGGGGUCGACGCGCCCCCAGCGGACGAGCUCGGGCGGCAACGCGGUGAUGCGCAUGGCGAAGAUUGCGGAGGACCACGACCCCACCAAGGCCGCUGCGCACCCGCCAGCCCCCGCCUCCCCCUCCGCCCACUCCGCUGGGCUAGGCGGCCCCUCACACAACGGCAGCCCGCCUGCUGAUGACGAGCGCAGGGACGGGGGGAGAGAGGGCGGGGUGGUGCAAGGGGAGGGGGAGAAGGAGGGGUCGCCACCGCGCAUGGAUGUUCUGCUCAGGCGAUUCGAACAAGGCACGCAGCAUCUGGGCACGCUCCUCUGGGGCAACGAGUCGUCCCCUCUCGCCGACAUCCACCCGCCGUCCCCUCCACCCAAGCCCGCCACGCCAGCAGCAGCGUCCCCGCAGGCGCGCCCGCCCGUGUUCCCGGCGUCGUCCAGCAUCUCGGGCUCCCCCCCCAACCCCAAGCCCCCCCACCCGCCCGUUGACACCAAGGCCGCCAUCCGCCUGCGCUUUGCGGGGGAGAGGGCGCGCGGGGCGGCGGGGCUGCUGUUCAUGGGCAAGGCCAGCCGCCGCACGCUCUCCGUCAGCAGCGCGCCCUCCUCCUGCUCCGUGCUCUCCACCGCCUCCGCCUCCUCCGCCCCCGCCCCCGCCGACCCCCAGUCGCCCCCGCAUGAGGGCGGCCCGGGCAGGACGCGGCACAUGCACACGGCGUCGCGGGCGUCGGUGGCGAACUCGCUGUUUGACGACCCCAUGCUGGACGCCAUCUACGCCGACGAGGAUGACGAGGACGAGCCCCAUGACUCGGACCACGAGGGCGAGGACCAGUCGGACGAGGGGUGGGUGGCGCGUGGCGACAGCAUAGCGGAGGGCAGGACGAGCUCCAUCCACCUGGGCAGUGGGCGCCUGGGCAGCAUGCGCUAUGGCGAGGGCGCAGAGGACGACUGGGGCGUGGAGGUGGAGCGCGAGGCCAGCACCAUGCGCGCGCUGGUGCAGCAGAUCUCCCACCGGGGCGGCCUCGAGGACUGCCUCGCCAGCUAUGCGGGCAUGCGCAUGGAGGUGGUGCGGAGUGCAGUGAAGGAGGCGGACGUGCAGCUGGCAGUGAGUGCGGGUGCGCUGGAGGGGCAGGCGUGGGGCGCCGUGGAGCCCAUGUUCAAGACCUGGCUCUCGCAGGCCCACUCCCUGGUGUUGGUGCUGGUGCAGCGGGAGCGCGCGCUGCUGGCGGCCAUAUUCAAGGACAUCCCGUCCUUUGCGCUCUCCGCACCGCCCGGCCCCGCCAAGCCAGCGCUGGCGCGCCUGCCAUCGCUGGCGGCGAAGCUGCCGACGCCGACGGCGCUGCUGGCGGACAUCAUGGUGGAGGCGGGGCUGCUGACGGCGCUCUUCCACCUGCGCGCCAGCGCCAGCGCGCUGCUGCACACGGCGCCCGCGCCCGAGAAGAUCUUCGUGCUGCUCGACAUGUACUGGCUGCUGCGCUCCACCACCCACAAUAUGAGGGAGGUGGCGCCGGCGAGUCUGGCGGAAGCGUGGGCGGCGCUGCCAGGCAGGGCAGCGGAGGCGGCGACAAAGAGCUUGGCGGAGCUGCAGGCCAUGCUGGAGCAGGGCUGCAAGGCGCCGCCCGCCCCCACCCCCAAGAGGUCCCUCGGCGCCCGCCUCAGGCUGCCUCGGCCGGGGCGCAAGAAGGCGCAGGAGGUGCAGGAGGGGGCGCCGAGCAGUGUGGCGGUGCACCCCGUGACCAGCUACGUCGUCAACUAUCUCCAGCAAUUCCAGGACAGGUCGCAUGCGGGCAGCUACGGGUGCAUAUUGGAGGAGGCACUGAGGGAGUUUGAGGAGGGGGCGAGUGUGGAGCGCGAGACAGGGCGGCUGCUGGAGGGCGUGCAGGCCAACAUUGAGGUGAAGGGGCGCGCAUGCCCGUCCGACAUCACGUGCGCCAUCUUCCUCAUCAACAACCUCCACUACCUCCUCUCCUUCGCGGAGAGGCACCAGCACCCGAGCGCCGUGGCAUUGAGUGCAGCGCUCGAGAAGCACACCGACACCUUUGUCAGCAUUGCACUCAAAAGGAUUCUGGACGCACUGGGGCCGGGCGACAGCAACAGCAUCGACGACAACGAAGUCAUCAGGAGGCUGCGUGUGUUCAACGCGGCGUUUGAGGAGCUGGCGCUGGAGCAGAAGGACUGGAGCUUCACCAACGAUGACUGCCGUCGCACCAUGCGCCAGCGCCUCGCCUCCACCGUGCGCUCCACCUACGCCAAGUUCCUGCUGCCCCACAGGGAGGACCUGUGCACGAUGCCGACGUACCACUGGGCGCCGGACGGCGUGGAGCGUCUCAUGCAGAAGUCGUUCCUCUUCAACAGCACACUGCUGCCCUUCUCCACCUCCCUCUAG